AUGCGAGGUGGAUCUAUUUCUACAGUUUUGCGGGUUGCAUUUGUGAUGAGUUUUAUGGGCAGCUGGUAUUGUUGUAUGGGUGACAAAGGAACGGCCUCAUUUUACUUUGCUCACUUUGGGCCAACGGCAUGCUAUGGAAACGAUACCUCCCAAAUUCCAGAAGAUAAUAAUGUUGCGAGGGCCAGCGAUGCAAUCUGGGACAACGGAGCCGCUUGUGGAAGGCAGUACAAUGUAACUUGCACCGGCACAAUGGAUGGUACAAUACAAGGUUCAACUCCCAUUACCUGCAAGAAUGUAUCGGUUGUCGUCAAGAUUGUUGAUAAUUGCAGCGCCGGAUGCCGUGGCACCAUAGAUUUAGCUCAAAAUGCCUUCGAGGAGAUAGCCGUCCCUGCGGCUGGCGAAGUUUACAUCGACUAUGAACAGGUCUGA